GCUCUUUCCAUUUCUAUCCGUGGUGUUUAUAUUUUGCUUGUUUUGCAAAAAUUACGGUUUAUAUGAGACGAUAUGCCGGCCAAACAUAAAAAUAAACGACAGGAUUGGUACGAAUGUUCGUGCUGUAACCAUGUCAUCAGCGAACGCGAUGUAGAUAAUCAUACAGGACUAUGCGGCGUGAAAAAGCAUGCUACUUCGCUGGAUUAUCAGCAUGGGUAUAUUUUUGACGGCGUGUUAAAUGGAGUUGUCUCCCUUCUAUCAGUAGAUAAAGAUUCUUCUGUCCCAAAUUCAAUGAAAGACAGAAUUAUCUGUAUACAUCCUAGUGCUAUGCAGCUGUGUGGUCUAAGAAUCGGUAAGCCUUGUGUUGUUGAUGAGAGACUGGUUGUAACAGCAUGGCCGUCAUCUUCUGGUCCGGUUGCCUGGUUAUCAGUUCCAGAUAAAAUAAUGAGAGAGUUGAAUAGUAAGAAAGGAGAUAUUGUGUCUGUGAUGCCCCUGUCUUGUGAUUGUAUUGAUGCUGGGGAAAUUUAUCUAUGUAGCAGUGAAUGGAAAGAAUUUUAUGGUCAAACAGAAUUCAGUCAGCAUGUGAAAUUAAAAUUAGAUGGUCAAUAUGCUGCAGAGGGAAAUAAAAUCGAAGUGCAUUAUUUUGGACAACUUUGUCAGUUUACUGUUGAAAAGAUUUCAUCUGAAACAUCGAAUACCAAAAUGGUGGAAAUUAAAAAAAGAGAUACAUGUACAGGAGACUUGUCUGAAAGCAUGGCUUCACUAGAAAUAUCUGACGUUUCAUUGGACAGUGAAUCUUUGCUUAACCAGUCAACAAGCUCAAUACAAAGUGAUUUUGAUAGAGACAAUUCUCCUGCUGCAAGCACACCCAACAGAAAACAACGUCCAGAUUCUUCCCAGUUUCACACUCCCAGUGCUAGAAAGUCACACACUGUUAAAACACACAAAACAACAUUUUAUAAAAUUUGUCAACAAACGAAAAUUGUCAUUAAAUCUUCACAAAAAGAUGAGGAUAAAAGAAAAACUAUUGAAAAAAGAAAAUUAUGUUUUAAAGAUAUUGGAGGACUCGAUAAACAGAUGUGUUUAAUAAAAGAAAUGCUCGAACUUCCGCUUAAAAAUCCAGAUUUGUUUAAUGCUUAUGGUCUGUCCCUACCUCAUGGCAUUCUGAUAUAUGGUCCAUCUGGCACAGGAAAGACUCUUCUUUCUCGGGCUUUAGUCAAUGAAAUCAACAUUCAUACAAUCCAUGUUACUGGGCCACAAGUCUGGAGCAAAUUUUUCGGUGAGACAGAGGCCAACCUUAGAAAUAUAUUCCAAAGAGCCAGAGAAAAAUCACCCAGUCUUAUUAUAAUUGAUGAAAUAGAUGCUCUGUGUCCUAAAAGAGAAAAUUCACAAUCAGAAUUAGAGAAACGAGUUGUUGCUACUCUUCUAACAUUGAUGGAUGGCAUUAAUUUGAGUGAUGAAAAAGAAUAUGUAGUUGUUGUGGGUGUAACAAGUAAACCAGAUGUUAUAGAUUCAUCAUUACGUAGACCAGGUAGAUUUGAUAGAGAAAUAGAGAUCGGUGUUCCGACAGCAACAGACAGACUUGAUAUAAUAAAGAAGUUGUUAAAGAAUCUACCUCACUCUCUGACAGAGAAAGAUAUAACUGAUAUAGCUAAUACAGCACAUGGAUUUGUUGGUGCCGAUCUGACUGCUGUCUUUAGAGAAGCUGGGCUAAUAACAGUGAGAAGGCAGACAUCUUGUAACCAUAGUAACAGUGAUGUGAUACAUUUAAGUAGAGAGGAUGUAAAUAAAGCUUUAUUAUUGGUUAAACCAAGUGCCAUGAGAGAAGUACAGCUAGAGGUCCCACAGGUUUUAUGGACUGAUGUUGGAGGUCAGGAUGAUUUAAAAUUAAAACUAAAACAAGCAAUAGAAUGGCCAUUACAACAUCCGGAAGCUUUUUUACGUCUUGGUGUUCAGCCACCUCGUGGGUUGUUGAUGUACGGACCACCUGGAUGUUCUAAAACACUUAUAGCUAAAGCAUUAGCUACAGAAAGUGGCUUGAACUUUAUUGCAGUAAAGGGACCAGAGUUAUUCAGUAAAUGGGUCGGAGAGUCAGAACGAGCAGUAAGAGAGGUAUUCCGUAAAGCCAGGAUGGCAGCACCCUCUAUUAUAUUUUUUGAUGAGAUUGAUGCAUUGGCUGUAGAAAGGGGCAGUUCAUCAGGAGGUAGUAAUGUAGCUGAUCGUGUUCUAGCCCAACUAUUAACAGAGAUAGAUGGUGUGGAGAAACUGCAGGAUGUAACGAUUGUAGCUGCUACAAAUCGACCAGAUAUGAUUGAUAAGGCGUUACUCCGGCCAGGUAGAAUUGAUAGAAUUAUGUAUGUACCAUUACCAACACCAGAAACCAGAACAGCCAUCUUUAAUUUAAAGUUCAAGACCAUGCCAAUCGCAUCUGAUGUUCAAAUUCAGGAUCUUGUUAAUAGAACAGAUUUUUAUUCUGGAGCAGAGGUGACAGCUGUUUGCCAUGAGGCAGCACUAGCAGCUCUACAAGAAGAUAUAAAUGGCAAGUGUAUACAACAGAGACAUUUUAACCAGGCUUUAUUAGCUAUAACACCACGAACUAGUCAAACAGCUAUCAGUUUUUAUGAAAAUUAUCAUAAACAAAGUGGUCUGCAUUCAGUAUAAAGAUUAAAAUUUAUCUUAUUAAAGUAGUGUUUGUCCUUGGAAUUGUUAAAACCAGCGGUUGCCAGGCAAGAUGCGCCCACAUUUUGCAAGUGAUGGACAGAGAACAAGCUAAACAAAGAUGUAAUUUUUUGGUCCAAUCAGGGGCCGAUAUGCAUCGAAAGGAACCAAGAUCUUUUGGAUAUGACCAUAAAUUUUAAGUUUCAUCAAGAUCAGAUAAAAACUGUGACUUCUACAGGGUUCACAACCUUGGUAUUACAUAUUGUUACACUAUUUGCAUACAAGUAGCCAUUUUGUCAAGCAGUUUCAGUCCAAAUUUCACGAGAUUUGAACUCAACCUUCACUGAGGUGUAACGGUGAAAUAUUGAUUUAUUGAAACGGUUUUUAAAAUUGAAUACAAAUUGUGACUUCUAGAUGGUCCACAAGCUAAAACCGUUAUUUUUUCGAACAAUCAGGGGCCAUAAUCCAGAAAGUUACCUUCCGAUAUGUGUGAUUAUCGAGAGGAACCAAGAUCUUUGUGAUAUAAACAUAUAUUUCAAGUUUCAUCAAAACUGAAUAAAAAUUGUGACUUAUAGAAUAUAGAGGGUUCACAACCUUGGAAUUACAUACUUUAGACUAUUUGCGUACAAGGAGCAUCCAUUUUGUCCGGCAGUUUCGGUCAGAUUUUUAUGAAAUUCCAUCUCAACAUUCGUUGAAGUGUAAUGGUGAUAUAUUUAAACGAUAUUUAAUACCAAGGUUGUGAACCCUGGUAUUACAUAUUGUUACACUAUUUGCAUACAAGUAGCCAUUUUGUCAAGCAGUUUCAGUCCAAAUUUCACGAGAUUUGAACUCAACCUUCACUGAGGUGUAACGGUGAUAUAUUGAUUUAUUGAAACGGUUUUUAAAAUUGAAUACAAAUUGUGACUUCUAGAUGGUCCACAAGCUAAAACCGUUAUUUUUUCGAACAAUCAGGGGCCAUAAUCCAGAAAGUUACCUUCCGAUAUGUGUGAUUAUCGAGAGGAACCAAGAUCUUUGUGAUAUAAACAUAUAUUUCAAGUUUCAUCAAAACUGAAUAAAAAUUGUGACUUAUAGAA